AUGAAACGUCAAGGCAACAGAGACGUGGUGGGCUAUGGACACAACGGCCAAGCGGUAUACGAGGACAGACCGGAAUUCCCUGCUCCAGCCAUUCGUUUCAAGGAAAAUUCCAAAGAGGUGCUUGCCUUGAGAGAAAAAGAAAAAGGAGAUUGGAAGAAUUUGACUUUACAAGACAAGAAAGCCUUGUACAGAGCAAGUUUCUGCCAAACUUAUGCAGAGAUGGAUGCCCCAACAGGAAACUGGAAACAGGUGAUGGCCAUUGUACUUGCCGGCAUGACCUUGACCCUUUGGAUCAACUAUUUCAUCAAAAAAUUUGUUGUCAAUGACCUACCUCAUACGAUAACAAGGGAAUGGCAAGAGAAACAAUUGGAGAACAUGAUUAAGCAGAGGAUUGGUCACAUAGAUGGCCUCUCUAGCAAGUGGGACUAUGAGAACAACAGAUGGAAAUAA